CGCGUAAUCCCCUUAACAUUUGACAUUGUGUUGUGUGUGUUUGUGUGUGAAACCAUAAAAAUUUCGAUUCAACUAUAUAUAUAUUGAUAAAAAGAAAAACCAAAACUGUCCAUAAAUCUACGUUUAGUUCUUAAAUACAAAUAUGGAGAAAUUACACGAAUAUCAAGGAUUUACGGGUCGUCUCCAUCAAGUGCGGGAUAAUAUAAGAGAUAAAUACAACAACUACAAAGAGCAAAAUCCAACAAAUUUUGUAGAAACAGCCAAAAAUGCAGCACUGGAUCAGCUCAAGGGAAAUGCAAGUGCCAACAAAGAUUAUUCGCAUAUUUAUAGACAUAAAACUCGGGCAGAGCUGAUUCGAGUAUCCGCUGCAGUAAUGGGUAUCGAGUUUUCCUAUGCGGCUGAAACGGCCUUUGUGUCACCCACAUUGCUGAAAAUUGGCGUUGAGCAUCAACACAUGACAUUAGUUUGGGCCCUCUCCCCCUUGGUUGGGUUUUUCCUUUGCCCCUUCUUGGGUUCUAUUUCAGAUCGUUGCAAGUUAAAUAUGGGACGACGACGUCCGUUUAUAUUGUUAUUAUCUAUUGGAGUAGUUCUAGGACUUCUAUUGGUACCAAAUGGCGAAAACUUGGGCUAUUGGUUUGGCGAUGUUGAUCCACAUCUUCAGGAUCUUUCAUUUAUGGAAAACUCAACAGAUAGUACUCCUCUACAAAAUCGCAGCACAUCCGCAUACAGAGUCACAGCGGCAACUUCAGAGAUAGCAUCGGCUACAAAAACAUCACAUCCAUGGGGUAUACUUUUUACUGUGCUAGGAACCGUUCUGCUGGAUUUUGAUGCUGAUGCUUGCCAAAGUCCAGCUAGAGCCUAUUUAUUGGAUGUGUGCGUUCCUGAAGAUCAUGCCAAGGGUCUGUCAACCUUUACCAUUAUGGCUGGUUUGGGUGGAUUCUUUGGAUACUCGAUGGGUGGUUUGAACUGGGAUGAAACAGACAUUGGACGGCGAUUGGGAGGUCAUGUCAAAGCUGUUUUUUCCAUUAUCACAUUUAUUUUUAUAAUUUGUGUGGCAUUUACAAUAACCAGCUUCGCGGAGGUUCCACUGUGGGCCAUAGCCAAUCCAAAAACAAAAACUCAUCCAAGUGAAAGAGAUCAACUAGACGGAUACUCUGCUAAUUAUGGUUCCCUUGACAAUGAAGAGGUUUAUAGAAUCCAGGAUAAUGAUAUACAGCUGACAGCUGAAGCAGCAUCAGACAGCUUCUCGGCAAUUAAGGAAAACGUUGGUGAAACUUCGUUUAGCGAAGCACAGGAGCCUUUGACAUCGAUGGCAGGAGAGAUGGCCAAUGAUAGUGAGAUGGGCCAGCAACCGCAGCCACCGGCGGCGGAAAGUGGCGUGGAAAUAGAGUCGCUAUCGCAUUAUUUGCUGUCCAUCGUAUACAUGCCAUACUCCUUGCGAAUGGUCUGUCUGACUAAUCUUUUCUGCUGGAUGGCCCACGUCUGUUACUCGCUAUAUUUCACCGAUUUCGUUGGAGAAGCCGUAUUCAAUGGGGACCCAAAAGCCAUGGAGGGUUCACCGUCACAGAUGCGUUAUGAGGAAGGAGUUCGCUUUGGUUGUUUCGGCAUGGCCAUGUAUUCGCUAUCCUGUGCUUGCUAUUCCCUUGUUAUAGACAAGCUAAUUCGACGUUUUAGGGCCAGAACUGUAUAUAUUGGCGGACUUACAUUCUAUUGCACUGGAAUGACCUUAAUGGCAUUAACUAGGGCAAAGAUGAGCGUUAUAUUAUUCAGCUGGACUGCAGGAGUUAUGUACUCAACUCUCUUUACCAUGCCCUAUUUGCUAGUAGCACAUUAUCACUCUCUUGGCACAUUUGAACUGGAUGAAAAUGGUAGUGCUAAACAUGGAUCCGGAGUAAGGGGUUUGGGCACUGACAUUGCCAUUGUAAGCAGCAUGGUCUUUCUGGCCCAAUUUAUUUUAUCAAUGUGCAUGGGCACCAUAGUGACGGUAUCGGGAACGACAACGGCCGUUAUAAGUACAGCCAGCUUUUUGAGUUUAUGUGGUGCAAUAUCAGCAACGAAAAUUAUGUAUUUAGAUCUUUAAAGCACAUAUGUAUAUGUAAUUAUUUCGAUAUGUACCUGGUUACAUAUCCGUUUAUGUAUGUAUGUAUUUAUAAACAUUAUUGUCUAUAUAAACCGAAAACCAAAACAACCUUCUAAGCAUAUACAUACAUAUUCUUAUGUGUACUUUGUAAAAUAAUGAUAGAUUACUCCAAAUAAAUAUUAUAUACGUUACAGUUUA